AUGAAUCAAAAUUCUGCAUAUGUUGGACGUGUUAUUGGAAAUAUUAGAACAUCAAAAUGGUGGAAUCAUCGUCGGUUUCGAAUUAUCUUAAUUUCUGUUAUUAUUUUCAUUAUCUUUGUGAUUACACUCUCUCUACUACUAAAAUUUGUUAUUCUCACUCCGAAAAAGGUUCAAGAAAGCACAAGUACUACAAUAUCAACAACAAUUAUACCACAGCCACGAUGGUCUAAUACUAGUAAAAUGCAUCAGUCACGACGUCUUCAUACAUCCACAUUAUUACGGGAUGGAAAAGUACUCGUCGUUGGAGGAUAUAAUGGUUUAGUUUUACGAAAUGCUGAGUUAUAUGAUCCACUAACAGAAAAUUGGACAAUAAUACACAAUAUGCAUACGGAAAGAUAUGGACAUACGAUAUCUAAUUUGAAUAAUGGAAAUAUAUUAAUUUGUGGUGGUUAUAAUAAUGACUUUCCUUCUAAUUUAAACAGUUCAGAAUUGUAUGAUUUAUCGACAGAAACUUGGAAAAUAACAAGUAAUAUGCAUCAUGCACGACAUUAUCAUACGGCAUCAUUAUUAUCAGAUGGAAAAAUAUUAGUUGCUGGUGGUGCUGUUGGUCUGGGUUCACGAGACAGUGCAGAAUUGUAUCAUCCACCCAGUGAAAAUUGGGUAUUGACGAGUAAGAUGAAUUAUGCCCGAAGAGGACAUACAGCAACUGUAUUGUCUAAUGGAAAAAUUUUGGUUACUGGUGGAAAAAGUAAUGAUUUGGCUUUAAAUACUGCUGAAUUGUAUGAUCCAUUGACGGAAAAUUGGACAGUAACGGGUAAUAUGAGUGAAGUACGAGAAGGUGGUCAUACAGCGUCACUUUUAUCCAAUGGGCAAGUUCUAGUAACGGGUGGACAUGAUGGUAGUCGUAUUUUAAAUAGUGCUGAAUUAUAUGAUCCAACUAAAGGUAUUUGGACAAUGACUAUGAAUAUGAGUAAUGCAUUAGAAUAUCAUACAGCAUCUGUCUUACAAGAUGGAAAAGUUUUAGUGGCAGGUGGUUAUAAAGGUAAUUUGACUGAAUUGUUUGAUCCAUCAACGGAAACUUGGGAAAAUGCUGGUGAAAUAAAUGACUUACGCACAUCACAUACAGCAAAUGUAUUAUUAAAUGGUAAAGUUUUAAUUAUGGGUGGAUAUGAUUCAACUUCUUUUCUCAAUACUGCUGAAUUAUAUGAACCAUUAAUCAAUUAG